GUUCUACGAGGUUUUGGGUCUGGGGCUAAACGGGGUUUACAGUAAUAUUACGCAAACAAGGCUUUAUUGUUUAGCCUUAGAUUUAAUCAUGAUACUGGUUCCCCUUCAGACAACUUUAUCUUAUGUCACGGGUAAAAGCUAAAAAAACAAACUACUAUGACAAUAUAAUUUUGCGCCAAAUGCAACAAUAACAUUCGUUAUGUUUAUAAUCAAAUCACGCCCCCUCAACUCUGCCAACUGAAGGUUAAUUCGGUUACUUAUUUGCGCUGAACCAGUGUUAGGACACUAGAAAUGGCCUUCUGCUGUCUGAAAAGAAACAUGACUGAAUUAGUUCUGCAUAUUACUUGAUUUUGUAAUCUUUCCUGCUAGAAGGGCUCAUUUUCGAAAGAUAAAGACUUCUGAGGCAUUUGCUCGCUGUAUUCAAAGGUGUAUUUGGACCAAGCUUCUGCAUGUAAAUUCCAGCACUUGGUGACAAUCGGAGAUAACCGCGAAUUGGAUCAUUCAAGAGAACAGUUGUGGUUGACAAUGUCAAACGAAGACAAGAUGCCUAGUUCAGGUGGUGAUGAGGGUUUUUCUGCACCUCAACUGAAGGGUUGCAGAAGAGGCAGUCUCUUUGAAGUUGGAUUUCCAGUGAUGAGGGACCGUGGUUCAAACAUGGUUUAUGUUCCGAGCAUUAUUCCAAGCCACAUUGGACACCAUCAAAAAGUCCGCUAUGAAAACACCUACAAAUUAGAACCAGACAAGCGAUUCAACGUCCAAGAAGUGAAAGAAAUCAUGGAAGAAACAUUGGAGGAGUCGCUCAAAGAUGAGAAAUACGACGCCAUCAAAUGCCGAGCUAUGAGCAGGUCAUUAUCUCAGACGAUAUGCGAAAGAGUAAAGCUCCUUGGAUUCAAACAGUUCAAGAUUGUUUGCACUGUUACUAUUGGAGAAAUGAAUAACCAGGGCAUACGUGUCGCCAGCAGGUUCCUGUGGAAUGAAAAGCAUGAUAAUUGGGUUGAUAGUGUUUUUCGAAGUAAUGAACUUUUCGCUGUUGCUGUUGUUUAUGCUGUUUACCAGGAAUGAGUACUUAAAGCAAAAACUGUUGAAAAAGUGAAGGCUUCAAAGGACAAAACUUAUGUACGUACAUCUUACAGAUUAAUUGCCUGCAGUUUAAGUCCAUGUGAUUGCAUUUCAAGCAUCAUUUUUGUGGGGAAAAAGCUAAAUUGGAAAAAUUGGCAAGUUGCACCCUUGUAUUGUAUGUAAGUAUAUAUACAUUUAUCAUUCUUCUUUUAAUAGUUUUUGUAUUAUCUAUAGACAAGAUCUUAUUUUUUAUGUAGAUAUUAUAUUUGGAAACAAAACAAUAACAGUCAGAUAACAGUUCGA